AUGGCGAAAGCACAAAACGAAGAGAUGACUAAUAACCUCAUUCCACUUCUCUGCAUUCGGCCCCUUAGGCUGUUUCUGUCCGCCGGACAUAUCCGUCGAGUUCGCAUCGUUCUUCUCCGGGCAACCCACCUUCCUUUUGUUGCCUUGAUCUGGGCUUUUGAGUCUAGCCGCCGCUAUGUUUCGCAACGAAACAAUCAAUUUCCGCCUACUCAAGCGACUGGACAGCCUACCCCUUCUAUACAGGCUAACUUCACUUUCUCCGCGCACCGCGCUCCGCUCCGUGCCUCCACAGUCGAUACGUCGCAGCUGGGUUGUGGGAAACCCAAGGGAUCGACUAACGCGGCUCAGCAUGCGGAAGCCCGUGGAGGGUGCGGACUGUCCCCAGGUGAGGCCGGGCGAAAUGACUUAGCGGGUAUGAUCGACGAGCUGGAACGGUUGCGCACCCAAGUGGAGCGCGUAGCAGCUACAGUAGCUUUCCACCAACGAAAUCGACUGUGA